AUGCAGCGCUCAUCUUUACCACCGCCGCCGCCAUCCCUUCCCCAGAACUCAAAUUCUUCUGCCUCUGGAUCCAACAGCAUGUACCAAUAUCAACAGCCAAGUGCCUCCUACGCUUAUCCCACAUACCACAGCCCUCACUAUGCUCAAGCAUAUUACCAACCGGCUAUGGUGCAAUCAGCUGGGCAAUAUAAUAACUCUUUUGCUCCCACAGGUACCAGCACAAGCCGAACAUUUGGUGCCAGUACAAGAGGACUUAAUGUGUCAACACAAAGCAUGUCAUCUUGGUACCAGGGUGGAACCCACCGCUGCUCUCACCCAGGCUGCUCAUUUAUGGGCUCACAUAAAAGUGUCGAGACACACAUGAUGGACAGGCACCUCAUUUUCCCUGUGGGUUGGGAAAAGCGAAAGAUGAAGGACGACUGGGACGCUGACCCCAGCUUGAAAGGGAAGACAAUCCCAAUUCAAGGAACAAAUGUUGUUCUGGACACCCCAGAAGUUAUCGAUGCAUGGAUCGAAGAGCGCAAGAAGCGUUUUCCUACGGCUGCCUACGUCGAAGACAAGAAACGCAAGAGGGAAGAAGCCAUUGCGCGGGGCCAGCUUGACAUGAUUGACACCGGCGGCCGUCAGAACAAACGCCAGAAGAUCGAUAAUAAUCAUAAUCACAAUCCCCGCAACGCUGCUCAUGGCAAUAAUGGCAGGAAUGCGUUCCAGGGACGGCGUCACGGUCAAUUUUCUGGUGAUCACGGAACGCAGGGGUCUGGGGCACGUUCAAGGGUGCCAGACGCUGGAUGGCCCCGGAACGGCAAAACUGAAGCCAAAGAGUCUGCCCCAGAAACGUCUAAACGGGUACCUUCACCCUCACCCAGCUGUCCUUCUGAUUCUGAUCGAGAUGACGAUUGCGGAGAUGAGCCCGAGAUAUUUUCCUCGAAGGCUUCAUUGCCUCCCAUACCAUCCCAAAUCAAAGAAGAACCUUCCAAAUCCGAUGGCGGCUCAGAGCCUCUACCUCCUCAACUUCAGAUGAACAAAGACUUGGUUCGACCGAAGAAAACCCUGCCUCUCCAGCCUCGACAAGCGCCGCACAAUCAGUUUGCCUCGAGGCCCUCGCUUCUACGGAAUCUACUCCUUCCUGAGAUCCGAGCAACCAUUUCUAACCUUUCCCAAGCGAUUCGCUUUCUUGUGGAUAAUGAUUUUCUUCGUGAAGUGGAGCUCAAACCUGGCCAGGCGGUUGAGGAGAACAAAAUCCAAGUUCUUCCUCAAGAUCAGCUCAGUUCGGAUGAGAGGACGCUAGAGUAA